AUGGGCUUCAGAAAGCCUUCUAUGCAGGCCAUCAACUCGUCCAACAAGCUCAACCGACGAGAUCUCUUUGUAGAGCACAAGAGGGCAUCCGGCAAGGAACGCCACGAGGCGCGACACCGUCGACGCAAAGAGGAAGCCCGCGACCCUGCGCUCAAGGCAGCCCGACUGGCCAGGAACAAGACGCUAUCUCUGGACCAGAAGCGAGUGUGGGACGAUGGCGACGAUGACAGCCUCGGUGCGCAGGUGGACCUGGAGAAGCUUCGGAGGCGACGACUGGAAGAGGCCGAGGCCGAGGCUCACGCACCGCUAGACGACGGCGGGAACCGGGCAGGAGCAGAGGAGGAUGACGACCACGACAGCAUGCUCGACUCCGACUCGGACGAUGACGAAAAGACCAGGGAGGCCAAGGAGCUGGAGAAGGAGGAGAAGAAGCGGAGCGGACGGGACGCCAGCACGGCGCCGUCGACGACGAGCACGAGCAUGGACCUGACGCCGUCGUCGCUGGCGCUCAAGUUCCCCAGCCUAUUCAGCGACGUGCCGCCGCCGGAGCCCAAGAUCCUGGUGACGACCUCGCUCAACUCGACGCUGCACAGCGAGGCGCACCUGCUGUGCACCAUGUUCCCCAACAGCUCGUACAUCCCGCGGUCGUCGCACCGCUACAGCCACCGCUACUCGCUGCGCGAGAUCUGCAAGUUCUCCGUCAACCGGGGCUACACGGCCGUCGUCCUGCUCAAGGAGGACCAGAAGCGGCCCACGGGCAUCUCGGUCGUCCACCUCCCGACCGGGCCGACCCUGCACUUCUCCAUCUCCAACUGGAUCGAGGGCAGGCAGCUCCCGGGCCACGGCAACCCGACCAACCACUACCCCGAGCUGCUGCUCAACAACUUCAAGACGCCGCUCGGCCUGCUGACGGCCCGCCUGUUCAUGACCAUGUUCCCGCCCCGACCCGAGCUGCAGGGUCGACAGGUCGUCACCCUGCACAACCAGCGCGACUACAUCUUCGUCCGGAGGCACAGGUACGUCUUCCGAGACAAGAGGCAGACCGAGAAGAGCGUCGCCGGCGACGACGGCAAAGACAUGGCCGGCGUCGAGGGCAUCCGCGCCGGCCUUCAGGAGCUGGGGCCCAGGUUCACCCUCAAGCUGCGUCGCGUCGACAAGGGCAUCGGCCGCGCCGGCAGCGAGGGUGACGAUGCUACGCAGUGGGAGUGGAAGGCCAAGAUGGAAAAGGACAGGAAGAGGUUCAAUCUGUGA